AUGAUUUUACCAGGAAAAGCAGCCGUGGAGCGUGGCAUCAUUCUCGGGCUCAGGAAUGCUGCCGUCCAGACACAGCCAUGUGGAGUCGACCUGACUGUGCGGGCUGUGCGUAACUGGACAUCGGCUGGUGCCAUCGACUUCGACAUCAGCUUGCGCGCCAACGCCAAAACGGAGCAGCUUGCAUUCUUGAAGCCAACAUCCGAAGGCUUGCAAUCAUCUCUACGCCUGGCACAAGGAGCCUAUCUGAUCGAGUUCCAUGAGAACGUAGACAUGCCACUGGACAUCAUGGGUCAGAUCUACGUCAGAAGUUCUAUGUUCCGAUCUGGAGCUCUCGUCACUGCCGGCGUGAUGGAUUCUGGUUACAAAGGUGCUAUUGGAGCCAUGUUACAGGUCGUGAGCCCGCACGGAUUGCUACUGCACGAAAACGCCAGGGUGGCACAAAUGGUCUUUCACGAGAUGAGCGAAAAAACGGAUGGGUAUAGCGGAGUGUACCAGGGAGCUCAGAGCAUUGGACUGUAG